AUGGUUCAGAACGCCAGAAACGUGAGGCGUGGUAGGAGUGCUGGUAGAGGUGCUAGUAGAGGUGUAGGUAGGAAUGUGAGUGGUGAAGCUACUCCCGAAGGAGUAGCUAACAUCCCCAUAGGACGAGAAGAUCAUUCCCAAACUGGAACGAACUCUCAAGCUGACACUCGAGAUGUUCGUGAACUUGCUGCGGCUGUGUUAGUUCAAACACAACAAAAUGCUCAAAUCCUGCAAAUCACCCGUGAUCAUCAACUUUUUCAGCAACAACAAAGAGAAACUGUGCAUGAAGAUACGGGAUUGAACUCGUUUCUGAAAGGUAAACCACCACAGUUUGGUGGUGACUUUAAUCCGGAGGGUGCUGAGAAAUGGUUGCAAGAGAUAGAGAAGAUAUUCUCUUUCACUCACUGUAGAGAGAAUAGAAGAGUCGGAUAUGCAACAUUCAUGCUGACAGGCGACGCUGAAGCCUGGUGGAGAGGAAAACAUAGAUUAUUGGAAGAGGAAGGAAGAGAGAUCAAUUGGAUCUUAUUCAAAGAAGAAUUUUUGGGGAAGUAUUUUCCAAAGCUAUGUAGGAAAGAGAAGGAGAGAGAAUUCCAGAACCUGCGUCAAGGUAUGAUGACGGUGGGAGAGUAUACUAGGAAGUUUGAAUCCUUGCUAAAGUAUUCUGAAAUUUUACCGCUUGCAUCCAAGGGAAGAAUGGAUGUGUGAAAAGUAUCAAGAUGGAUUGAAAUAUGAUAUCCAGAGGGCGGUUCUACCUCUACAUAUUAUGCGCUUUGGUGAGCUGAUAGAAAGAUGUUUGGAGUUGGAAGGAAUUGACAAUAGGAAGAAUCAAUAUGGAUCAGGAGUACCAACCCGAAACAACAAUCACAAGGGCCAUUUUAACCGAGGCCAUGGAGGAAGGACCCAACAAGGGGGUAGGCCAUAUCAAAGGCCUACACCAUAUCAUAACCAGGAUUCUAGGAGGUUAAUGUUCAAGUGUUACAGCUGUGGAGGGGCACAUCUUAACAAAGAUUGUCCAAAUAGAAACAUUGGAGCUUGUUUUCGUUGUGGUCAGAAGGGCCAUUUUCUCAAAGAUUGUCCCCAAGGACAAAACCAACCAACAAGCCAGAAGAGCGUCCUAAUAAACAAUAACAAUGUAGGGAGAGCAAGGAACGGAGGCCCAAAUGUUGGUCAAGGACCUCAAAAUCAGAACAAGCCAACCACAGGAAGAGUAUUUGCAAUUAGAGGAGCUGAGAUCUCAAAGUCAGAUGGGUUAAUCCAAGGCGACGAGCUAGACCCUUUAGGAGGGAAGGCUAUGGAGUGACAGAUUACGAUAAUGUCAAGGCUGAAGGUUGCUAGCGUUUUGUCAAACGCUUAUCACAUCGUUACUAGUACGUAAUAUUAUAUACAGUCAGUAUAAGUGUCAGUCAUGUUGGACUUAGGGGGUCCUUCUGUUAAGCUUUCUUUUGAUUUUCUUCAUGUACUUUUAUUUUAAGUUUUAUCUACGUGGCAAGGCCACUAGUCUUAACGGUAUCAAACUUUAUGUAAAACAUAU